UUUGGGCAUAGUAGCGAUGAGUAUGAAUAUAAAACCCAUGCUGAAUGAAUAGAAUUGAUCUGUCCGUUGCUUCAUAUCCUAGCUUUGCAUGGGUUGCUACGUGCUAUCAGAGUUAUAUCGCUUGAACUCUAGCUCUGUUGAUUAUUUGAUUAAUCUCCUAAUCAACAGUGCAAAAUUGGAUUUUGUUUACUUCUUUGAUCAAGAGAAGUUAUUGGGAGGAAGUGUCACUCAGUUUUGUGAAGUUGAAGAUAUCGCCCAUGGUGGCUAGUUCUCACCUCGUGAGGCUCCCUGCCUUGGCUGACCGCUGCAAGUCCAUGACAGAGCUGAAGCAAAUCCAAGCGCAGCUAACCACCCUCGGCCUCGCCGGCGAUACCUUCCUUUUCUCCAAACUUGUCUUCUUUUCUGCCAUCUCCGAGUCCGGCGAUGUCAACUACUCCCACUGUCUCUCCCUCACCCUCCCUUCUCCCUCCGCCUUCGUCUAUAACACGAUCAUCCGUGGCUUCUCCCGAAGCAGAAACCCCAACCGCGCCCUCUCCCUCUACGUCCAAAUGCUCCGUAGUAAUACCCCACCGGACCACCUAACUUUCCCCUUCCUCGCCAAAUCCUGCGCGCGUCUCGCCUCGCUCUGCCUUGGCCGCGUAGUCCAUUGCCAUAUAACCAAGCAUGGGCACGAUCUCGAUAUCUUCAUUCUCAACUCGCUGAUCCAUAUGUACGCAUCCUGUAGGCAGAUGCCGGACGCCCGCAAGGUGUUCGACGAAAUUUCUCUUCCGAAUCUGGUGUCGUGGAAUGCCCUGGUUGAUGGGCUUGCAAAGUGUGAAGAUUUGGCUGGUGCGAGGGAGGUGUUUGAUCGAAUGCCGGAGAAGGAUGUUGUAUCUUGGAGUGCUAUGAUUGAUGGUUAUGUCAAAGGUGGAGAUUACAGAGCUGCUCUUGCUCUCUUUGAGAAAAUGCAGAUCCAUGGACCAAAAGCAAAUGAAAUCACCAUGGUAAGCUUGUUGUGUGCCUGUGCGCACUUAGGCAUUCUAGAAAAAGGAAGAAGCUUGCAUCAGUACUUAAAAGACAAUGGCUUGGUACUAAGCCUUGCUGUUACAACUUCCUUGGUGGAUAUGUAUGCGAAAUGCGGAUCGAUACGGGAGGCUAUCGAUGUUUUCCGAUCAUUCCCCGUGGCUAAAACCGAUGUUUUGAUCUGGAAUACAAUCAUUGGUGGGCUUGCAAUGCAGGGGAUGGCUAGAGAGUCUGUUGAAAUGUUCAGGGAGAUGGUUAGAGCAGGCAUAAAGCCUGAUGAAAUCACCUACUUAGGAUUGCUAAGUGCUUGCGCUCAUGGAGGCUUCGUGGGCGAGGCUUGGGAGUUUUUCCGAUCGAUUCGGGAGCUUGGAAUGCGACCACAUGUGGAGCACUAUGCGUGUAUGGUUGAUGUUUUGGGGCGGGCGGGUUGCAUGGAGGAGGCCUAUGAGUUAAUAAGGACGAUGCCAAUGGAGCCAAGUGGUUCUCUUCUUGGUGCUUUGCUCAGUGCUUGUCAGAUUCAUGGUUGGAUGGAGCUUGGGGAGAUUGUGGGGAAGAUGCUGGUUGAGUUGGAGCCUGAACAUGAUGGAAGGUAUGUUGGUCUUUCAAAUGUUUUGGCUGUUUCAAAGCGUUGGGAGGAUGCAAAGAAAAUGAGAGAAGAAAUGGAGAAGAGGGGAGUGAGAAAGGCUCCUGGGAGAAGUGAGAUUGAGGUGGAUGGAACUCUGCAUAGGUUUAUUGCUCAUGAUAAGUCUCAUCCAGAAGUAGCUGAAGUAUAUUGGAUGUUGAGUUAUAUAACAAAGCAAAUGAAGAUGGAAUGGGAAGCUCCAUUUUAGGAAAAACUAUUGCGUGCGGGUCCGGAUUCGUCCGGAGACCAAUAUAAAUAUGUCACGUUGCCCCCAAAAAUGUAUCGCACUCGGUACCGAGUGCCCAAUAUCACUCGUUACCAAGCUCGGAACCGGAGCACAUAAUAACCUCCCCCCUUUUAGAGAAAAGGAGUGUAUUUUGACUGCAAGUUACUCUCAAAGCUGGCACCACUGCUCUGUAAAGCUAGGAUAAGUUUUAUAUAAUAGAUCCGUUUGGAACAAUUUUUUCAUAAUCUUGCUUUCCUAAUAUUAGCUACAACUUUUUAGUUGUAUUUCAAAAUGUUUUAGUGGGCAGUUAUUUUUAUAAUCAAAUCAAAUAGAAUGUAUAA